AUGUCGGGCGAUCACAAAACGUUUUUGAAGGGUAGUCCCUCUCAUUAUGUGAAAUUAAAUGUCGGCGGAACAUUGUUUUAUACAACCAUAGGGACACUUACGAAAAGUGACAAUAUGUUGCGAACCAUGUUUAGUGGCAGGAUGGAAGUACUCACUGAUUCUGAUGGUUGGAUAUUGAUUGAUCGCUGUGGCAAACAUUUUGGCACAAUAUUAAAUUAUCUACGUGAUGGAUCAGUGGCUUUGCCCGAGAGUAUCCGAGAGACCAUGGAGCUUCUAGCAGAGGCAAAGUACUUCCUUAUUGAAGAACUUACCGAAGCAUGUCAUCAGGCCUUGAAUAAAAAGGAAAGAGAUGCUGAACCUAUUUGUAGAGUUCCUUUGAUUACCUCACAACGGGAGGAGCAAUUGCUGAUUAUGUCAACAUCUAAGCCUGUGGUAAAACUUCUAAUUAAUCGCCACAACAACAAAUAUUCAUAUACAAGCACCUCAGAUGACAAUUUAUUAAAAAAUAUUGAAUUGUUUGAUAAGCUUUCUCUGCGAUUUAGUGAGCGAGUUCUCUUUAUCAAAGAUGUGAUUGGAUCAAAUGAAAUUUGUUGCUGGUCUUUCUUUGGUCAUGGAAAGAAAUGUGCUGAAGUGUGUUGCACAUCGAUAGUGUAUGCUACUGAUAAAAAGCACACCAAAGUUGAAUUCCCAGAAGCCAGGAUUUUUGAAGAAACUCUGGGUAUUUUGCUGUAUGAGAGUAGAAAUGGACCUGAUCAAGAUUUAAUUCAAGCUACUUCAUCUCGUGGGGCUGUAGGUGGUCUUUCUUGCACAAGUGAUGAGGAAGAAGAACGCUCAGGCUUAGCACGAUUGAGGUCAAACAAGCAAAAUAAUCAAUCUUAG